AUGGGAGCUCAACAAUCCGCCGCCAAGGGCGUCAAGCUGCGUCGCCGUUCUGCUACGGCUGGAGCUGUUACCGCGGAUGAGCUUAACGAAGCAGGCGUCGACCUCGCCAAGGCCGUCGCGCAGUCCACCAAGAUCCAGGAGCUCGCGCGCGCACAGGCUGGCGCACAGGCUGGCGCACAGGCUGGCGCACAGACUGGCGCACAGGCUGGCGCACAGGCUGGCGCACAGUCUGGCGCGGCCGUCGCCGCCGGUCCCGCCAGACCCGCCGCUGGCGGCGCAGGUCCAGAUGCGCGGAAGAAGAGUUCGCGCGGCGCUGGGACGCUCGACUUACCGCCAUGGGAGGUGGUCGCCAGCUUGACGGAGGCUGACUGGGUGGCGCUUCGCGCGUGGAUCGAGGCUGGAUGGCGUUGCCGCAAGUGCUCUCACGUCCGCGACGACGCCAACGAGCAUCCCAAGGCGGCGCAGCUGCUGCAGCGCUGCGGCAUCCACCUCCCCAAGCCCGGCACAUCUGGCGGCGGGCGCGCGGGCGGCGCCGUCGGGUCCGGCGCCGGCUCUCCCGCUGUCAGCGGCCGCACGACCCCGUCUACUGUCGCUAGCGGAAUGCAUGUUAUCGAGUACGCGUCCGCGUCCCCGGACAAUCAAGUCGGUUACCUCUCCGACACCUCGUCUCCGACCACCUCCCGCACGGGUUCCCCGCAGCGGGACUCGCGCGCGCGGAGGGGCGCGGCUGGCUCCGACAUGUCGCACGACGCGUCCCCGCGCUUCCACGCCGGGUCCCCGUUCGGGGGAUCCGAAGGGGGGGGAGCGCCGGGGGGAGCGGGCGCGGGGGAAGGUCCGGGGACGACCGCGGCAAAUGUGCUGGGGAUUGAGGCGUGCCCGCACAUGCAGGGGAAGAUGAUUGCGGGGAGCGACAGGGCCAGCGAGAUCGACAGCCUUAAUUCGAGCUUCCGGGAGGAUGCGGGGAGCACGCGCGGCGCCGGGGGGGUUCCGCCCGCUGGCGGCGCGCAGAAGGGCGGCGGAGCGGCUUCCGGGGAUGCGCUGCAUCGGAAGCUGCUGUCCGCGAUUGCGCGCGCGCACCAAGUGUAUUUCAUUGAUAAGGAGCCGAACGGCACGCUGGUGUUUGAUUUCCUGCUGUCCGCGCUGCUAGACGUGACCUCGUCAGGCUUUGGGUUCAUCUCAUCCGCGCUUCUCAAGGCCGAUGGCACGCCCUACCUCAAGACACAUGCGAUGACGAACGUGGCAUGGACCAAGGAGCUGCGGGCAUGGUACGCGGCGAACGCGCACAAGGGGCUGGUGUUCACCAACAUGAACACGCUGCACGGCACCGUGGUGCUCACGGGGCAGGCCGUGAUUACAAAUGAUGCUGUCAACGACCCCCGCUCCCGCGGCGUGCCCCCGGGCCACCCGCCUAUUGAGACCUUCAUGGGAAUCCCGCUCUACACAGGCACGGAGCUGAUUGGCAUCUUUGGGCUGGCGAACCGCAUGGAGGGGUAUGACGAGCUGCUGGCCAAGGAGCUGGAGCCGCUCACUCUCACCAUCGCCCAGAUGAUCUAUGCCGUGAAUGAGCGCAAGAGGAGGAAGGAGGCGGAGCUGCACCUGUCGAGUGUCGUGCAGGUGGCAAACGAGGGCAUCAUGUCGCUGUCCCACAGCGGGCAUGUGACGUCCAUGAACCACUCGGCGCGGGUGAUGUUUGGCUUUGCGGCGCCCGACAGCGAGCAGUCGGAGGACGUUCCCCCGCCACCCAACCUGCAGAUCACCGACCUGCUGCUCGAGGUCGACGGCCACGCUAACUUCCUGCGGGAAGGUCUGGAGCACCAUGCAGGGCACGUGCACUCGGGGCAGGGGCAGCGGCAGGAUGGCAGUCUGUUUCCGAUGGAGGUGUCAAUCAGCAAGGGCACGUACGACACGGUGUUCUAUGUCGCCGUUGUCAGGGACGUCUCUGAGAAACUCGACUCCUCCCGCAAGCUGCAGGAGAGUGAAGAGCGGUGGAAGUAUGCGCUGCACGGCAGCGAGCUGGGCGUGUGGGACUGGAACGUGCGUGACAACACCCUCGAGAUCAGCGACCAGUGGAAGGCUGUCCUUGGUUACGCGCCGGACGAGCUAGAGGCGUCAGUGGAGGUGUGGGAGUCGCUGCUGCACCCCGACGAUGUGCAGUCGGCGUUCAUCGACCUCAAGGCGCACCUGGACGGCUGCACGCCUGUGUUUGUGCACGAGCAGCGCCUGCGCUGCAAGGACGGGUCGUACCGGUGGCUGCUGCACCGCGGGCAGGUGGUGGCGCGGGGGGAGAACGGGGAGCCGCUGCACUUUGUGGGCACGCAUGCAGAUGUGACGGACCGCAAGCAGACCCACGCUGCUGUCGUCGCUGCUGACACUGCCAACGCGCGCCUCCGCACUGCCGAGGCUGGGCUGUUCGCCAAGCUAGACCACGAGGUUCGGGAGCCAAUCAGCAGCGUGCUGGAGAGCGCCAAGGUGCUCAAGGACGCGCCCGAACUUACCGACGAGCACCGGGCGGCGGUGAAUCAGAUCGAGGAGAGCGGGCGGCAGCUGGCGUCUGUAGUGGCGGACGCUCUGGACAGUACUAUCAUUGAGGCAGGCGGCUGGACACCCAAGCUGGCGCUUACUGCUGUCGCAGAGAUGGCAGAGGCAGCAGCGGAGGCGAUGGCGGGAGCGGCGGAGAAGAAGGGGCUGGAGGUGGUGCUGGAUGCAUCACCUGAUGCGCCACCCUUCAUUCUCGCUGACUCCUGUCGCACCAUCCAGGUGCUCGUGUCGCUGCUGUCGCUGGCCAUCCAGUGCACGAGUCGCGGCUUCGUGCGUCUGCGCAUCUACAAGGAGAGCCCUCCAGCAGCAGGCGCAGCAGGCGGCAAGGCCACAGUGCUAGUGGCGUCCAUCGAGUCACCUGCUGCCCCCGCUGCUCUCUCAGCUGCCUUUGACGCCAACCAGGGCAGCCUGCUGGCCGCCAAGAAGCUGGUGGAGGCGAUGGGGGGAGCGGUCACACUGGUGGCGGAGCAGCACCGGGUGCCGUCGGUGGCAGUCAAGUUCCCCGUGGACCUCUCUCGCCCCGAGUUCCAGAGCGCUGUGGUGCUGCGCCCCUCUGCUCCUCCGGUGAUAGAGCAGCCGCUGCGCCAGUCCCGCGUGCUGGUCGUGGGAGCACUGCAGGUGACCACAGCAGCCAUAGCAAAGCAACUCCACGCGUGGCACGUGCCGCACAGCACCAGCAGCAGCACACCAGAAGAAGCCUUCCUCUCGCUCUUCCCCGCACACGCCCUCCCGCCAGUCAUGACCUCCCCGGGUCAAUCCCCCCCCACAACCUUCCCCGACGGCACCCCCCGCGACGGGCUCUCUCUAGACUAUGAUCUAGUUGUUGUGGAUUGCUCUCAGAAGAAGCAGGUGAAGGGGGAUCCGGAUAUGCUGUCGGUGCUGCAGCUGCUCGCGCGGGACCGUGUGGGCGUGGUGCUGCUGCUGAGCCGCACGGUUGCGAGGGACCCGGGGUUCAAGCAGGAGGUGGAGGAGGCAGCGAACUGGCAUGGCCAGGCUCCCGUGCUGCUGGCUAAGCCCAUGGUGCGACCGCGCGCCCUCCUGGAGGCUCUAGAGGACGCGCUUAUCCUACUCCCCGGCAACGACCACGCGCUGUCGGACCUGCGGGGGGCAGCGCACGGCAGCGAGGAGAAGGACAAGCAGGCAGCGGAGCAGGCACUCAAGGAGGGCGCGGGGGCCAUCGACAGGGCUGCAAGGGGAGGUGCGCUGCAAGGCCGCGUGCUCAUCGCCGACUGCAACGCUGCGGAUCGGAAGGUGGCGGAGAGGCUGUGUGCGGCGAUGGGGUUGGCAGUGGAGGGAGUGAGCACAGUGGUACGAGCCAUGGAAAGGAACCAGGCCAUGGGCUUCGACCUUGUGCUCGUCAACACCCAGAUGCCCGGAGUGGACCUGCCAGCAGUGCUGCAGGCUCUGCAGGCAGACCACCGCAGGCGAGGGGCCACACGCGCUCUCAUUGUCAUGGGCAUGUCCACAGGCCUUGACGAGCAGCAAAGGGCGGCUUACCUUGCAGAGGGUCUCUCAGAGGCUCUGCCCAAGCCAUUCACGAUUGGUGCACUGGAGUCUCUUCUUCGCUCCUUCCUGCCCGCGCAGUGA